AAGCUGCUUAGCAAUCGGCGAAGGCGGAGAUGAUCAGUCUCUCCUCUGAUAUUUACUUCUUUUGUUUAAAUCUUCGAUUACCACAAUGAAUAUCAGGUUAUUCUUGGUAUUUGUGGUAACGCUGUGCGCUAUGCAUCAAGGGCCUGCUGUAUAUCGGGACCUUACGUGCGUGGAGCCCGAGCCAGGAUAUGCCAAAAGAUUGUUUUAUUAUUUCACCGCAAGUGAAAUUAAGAAAGUCUGUCCAACGGUUACCGAUCUGACAUGGCGAAUUGGAAAUGAAGUAUUCUAUAAUCUGCUGUGUGUGCUUCUUACCCUGCUGUUGGGCUAUGGGCCGUCAAUUGGAAAAAUCGUCAAAGAGAAAUGGUCAGCCGCUGUGUCAAUGUUCCGAGAAUGGAGAGCUCGCCCUUCCCUCUGCCGUCACUGCGGUACUGCCCCGUGUCAGGUUAAAAGGAUAUCCUUGUGGAAGCCCUCCGGUACUCGUAAGAAAGACGAGGCGAAUUUUGCAAAAAGGUCAAACGCCAUGAUGUUGUUUUACUAUGGACUAGAGUGGUCCGUAGUACUGACCAAAGAGCUGCCAUGGAAUGACCUGUACUUGAAGAGGAAGUUCGUCCAGCAUUUUGAGGAGGAGCAUAUGGUAUUGUUCCCAGUGUGCAUCCAGCGUCAGAUCAACUACUGGUACCCUGUCCCUUGCUAG